AAAAUAUAUACUGCCCAAACGAAAGCAAAAUGGGCAAGGAGAGUCCACACUCUUAAUAACAACAACAAAGAAACAAGAAAUAAGAAACAACAGCUAUAGAGAGAGCGCACAGCCGAAACAAAUUUGCCCCGACCGCUUUGCCUUUGCCCAACCCCAUAAUUUUUUUUUUUUUUUUUUUUUUUCCUUCAGAGAGAACACACAUACAGCAGCACAGAGUUGGGAUCGCAACCGCGCAAAGUACCAUUUGUAGUGGAGGAAUGGUGGUGUGGUUUUAGUGGGUAUAUAUAUAUAUAUAUAUAUAUAGAGAGAGAGAGAGAGAGAGAAAUAUUCUAGAGAGAGAGAGAGAGAGAUGCAGAAGAAGAGAUGGAAACCAUUGGUGCUGCUGAGGAAGGUGCUAACUUGCGCCAUAUGUUCCAUAGCACUUAUGGCGCUUUUCUCAGUCCACGUUCCGGUUUUUCCUUCUUCUGAGGUUCCUCAGUUUUCUGACCCUUUCAAGCUUCCCACGCAACAUGAAAUUAAAUACCAGAGGUUGAGCGCCGAGAGGAGCUGGACGCAGGAGCUCGUUCCGCCCCAUUCCAAAGCUCCUCUUCCUUCUCCCAAGUUGAAUGGCGCAAAUGGGAUUUUGGAUUUCGACAAGCUAUGGAAGCGUCCAUUGAAUCGUGAUUUCGUGCAGUGUAUAGAGCCGACUCUUAAUUAUACAUCUCCACAGGAGUCGCAAGGUUACCUUCUAGUUCAUUCAAAUGGAGGGCUCAACCAAAUGCGUGCUGGGAUAUGUGACAUGGUAGCUGUGGCCCGAAUUAUAAAUGCUACUCUUGUAAUUCCGGAACUUGAUAAAAGGUCAUUUUGGAAUGAUACCAGCAAUUUUUCUGAUGUUUUUGAUGAAGAUCAUUUUAUUAAUACUCUCGCCAAUGACAUAAAAGUCAUAAAAAAGCUUCCUAAGGAAUUUGCUAAUGCUACUAGAGCUGUAAAGCAUUUCAGAAGCUGGUCUGGUAUGGAUUACUAUGAGAAUGAGAUAGGUAGCUUGUGGGAAGAUUACCAAGUUAUUCGUGCUGCCAAGUCUGAUUCUCGCUUAGCAAAUAACAACCUGCCUCCAGAAAUACAGAAGCUGCGCUGUCGUGCUUGUUAUGAAGCUCUCCGUUUUGCGCCUCGAAUCGAAGCUUUUGGAAAAUUGUUAGUGGAGCGGAUGAGGUCUUAUGGUCCUUAUAUUGCUUUGCAUUUACGAUUUGAGAAGGAUAUGCUUGCCUUUAGUGGAUGUACACAUGAUUUAUUGCCAGCUGAAGCUGAGGAACUUAGGAUAAUUAGGGAAAACACGCCGUACUGGAAAAGAAAGGAUAUUGAUUCUGAAGAAGAAAGAUCUAAAGGUGCUUGUCCUUUAACACCGAAAGAGGUUGGAAUAUUUCUAACUGCCCUUGGAUACCCAUCAAACACUCCCAUAUAUGUUGCUGCUGGAGAGAUUUAUGGGGGUGAUUCUCAUAUGAUAGAUUUUCGAUCUCGCUAUCCCCUAUUAAUGAGCAAGGAGAUAUUGGCAUCCGUUGAGGAGCUCGAACCUUUUAAAGAUUAUGCUUCUCAACUGGCUGCGCUUGACUACAUAGUAUCAAUUGAAAGUGAUGUGUUUAUAUCUUCGCACUCUGGUAACAUGGCACGUGCAGUUGAAGGUCAUCGUCGUUUUCUUGGUCAUAGGAAGACAAUAUCUCCUGACAGGAAAUCUCUUGUUCGUCUGUUUGACAAACUUGAACAGGGAACAAUUAUGGAAGGAAAAAAGAUGUCAAAUCGAAUCAUUGAAUUGCACAAAAAGAGACUAGGCUCGCCAAGGAAAAGAAGAGGCCCUGUCUCUGGAACAAGGGGCAUGGAUAGAUUUCGUUCAGAAGAAGCUUUUUAUGUAAACCCUUUACCAGAUUGUUUGUGUCGACGAGAAUCACCACAUACGAAUAACUCUCUAGCUAUGGAGUAGGAUCAUGGAGUGCAGAAGGGUUACACUUGAGAAAAAAACUGUAAGCUGCGGGUUAGCGCAUAUCAUUCCUUAACACUUUGUUGGUACCUUACAAAUUAUUGGUGGUGCCAAUAUGUAAAGGCCUAGGAACGCGGUGUUUGUAAAUUGUGAGUUUAGAUAGCUUGGGGGCUAUACAGGAAAUUUACAAAUGAAAAGGACAAUGCAUUAGGGUUCAGGACAGGGAUGGGAACCAAAAACAGCCUUUCCUUCAAUGACCAAAGGCAUUUAUAUUUAUGUGCGCUUUGCGAAGUUGGUUAGGUUUGGAUAGUGGGAUCAUUUGGGAUACGAUACUUUUUCCGUUAGUUUGAAAUUUACUCUCACGCUUCAUGUAUUUUCACUAAAUUCAAUAAUAAAAAGAAAAGAAGAAAAUCAAGAGAAGAUUUCUCA